CCGGAAGCCAGACGGGCUCCGUGUCAGGCUUGAGGAGUCGCCAGCGGCUGGGGCGCCGGGAUGCUCUCGGCGGGGGCAGAGAGUCUGCUCCGCCAGGCCAGGGAGAUCCAGGACGAGGAGCUGGAGAAGUUCUGCUCGCGGGUCAGCCAGCUGCUGCGGAGGGAGGACCCGGGGCCCGACGCCGCCCAGGCCCUGCGGAGGCUUUUCCUCAUCGUCUCCGCCACCAAAUACAACAGGAAGCUGGAGAAGACGUGCGUGGACUCGCUGCAGACCACGCUCCUGCGGCCCUCGUGCCCCGAGCAGCUCCAGCUUCUCUGUGCCGCCAUCCUGAGAGAGACGGCGCCCUGCCACAGCCUGAGCCUGCCCUGGGGCCACAUCCAGAACACGCGGCAGCUGAGCUUGGUGGCCUCCGUGCUCUUGGCCCAGGGUGACAGGGCGCAGGAGGUUGGCAGUGUGGGCCAGCGUGUCUUCAAAGUCCUUGAGAGCCGGCAGCCCGAGGGGCCCAGUCUGAGGCCCCUCCUCCCGGUCGUGGCCAAGGUUGCCAGCCUCGCCCCGGGCUCCCUGCACGAAGGCCAGAUCAACCUGCUCAACAGGCGGCUGGUGGACUGGCUCCGCUACGCCAGCCUCCAGCAGGGGCCGGCACACCCCCCCGGCGGCUUCUUCUCCACGCCCAGGGCCCGGCAGCCGGGCCCUGUCACCGAGGUUGACGGAGCCGUGGCCACCGACUUCUUCACGGUGCUGUCCGUGGGCCAGCGUUUCACGGAGGACCAGUGGCUGAACGUGCAGGCCUUCUCCAUGCUGCGGGCCUGGCUGUGGCGCGGCGGCCCCGAGGGCCCGGGCGCCCUGGACGCAGACGACAAGUCGGAGUUGGAGGGCUCCGCCCUGUCCGUGCUGACCGCUGCCUCCGCCGCCAGCCGCCCGCUGCACCCCCAGGAGCAGCUGCGGGAGAAGGCCUUCGAGUACUGCCAGCGGCUCCUGGAGCAGAGCACCCGGCGAGCCCUGAGAAGGGGGGACGCGGACCUGCAGAAAGCGUGCCUGGUGGAGGCUGUGCUGGUGCUGGACGUGCUCUGCCGGCAGGAGCCCUCCUUCCUGUGCCGCACCCUGUCCUGCUUGAAGGCCCUGCGCACCCGGCUGUGCGCGGACCCCGCCUGCGUGCGCGCGCUGCUGCCGCUCGCCCAGUUCUUCCUGAACCACGGGGACGCAGCGGCCGUGGACGCGGAAGCCACCUGCCAGCACGUGUUCACCCGGGUCCCUUCUGAGUUCUUCCACAGCCCGAUGCUGGCCUUUGAGUUCGUCCAGUUCUGCAGGGACAACCUCCCCCUGUUGGGCAGAAACCUCAGCACCCUCAGGCUGAGCUUCCCCAGCCUCUUCAAGCUCCUGGCCUGGAACAGCCCGCCCCUGACCGCCGAGGUCGCGGCGCUCCUCCCGUGGCUGGCCGACGCCGGCACGGCUGCCGAGAUGCUGCACGCACUGCUGGACCUGCCCUGCCUGACGGCCGCCUUGGACCUGCAGCUCAGGCUGUCACCAGCUGCGUCUGCGUCGGAGGGGCCGCUCUGGGACGCCUCCAUCAGGGCCCCCGGCUGCCUGGAGGCCCUCCGGGACCCGCAGCUCCAGGCGCUCUUCCAGCACCUCCUGCGUGCCAAGGCCAGCGGGACCGUGGAGAGCCUGGCGCCCCUCCACCAGCUGCUGCAGCCCAUGGCCGGCAGUGCCCGGGUGCUCCAGUGCGCCGCGGCGGUGCCCGCCCUGCUCCAGGCCUUCUUCGCGGCGGUGGCCCAGUUCGCCGACGGGGCCCUGACCGACCAGCUGGCACGGCUGCUCCUGGAGAGAAGUGACGCGCUGUACCAGGUCCCAGGGUACGCAGCCCGCGUGCACCGGGUGCUGAGCUCCCAGUUCCUGGCCCUGUGCAAGCAGCAUCCCCCACUGGUGGUCGAGCUGGCGAAGGAGCUCCUGGAGUUCGUGGGCAGCGGGCGCGGAGUGCGCAGCGGCGGGCACAUGCUCACAUCUGUGGUGUGGGCCGUCGGCGAGUACCUGUCGGUGAGCUGGGACCGGCGCUGCACCGUGGACCAGAUCAACAAGUUCUUUGAAGCCCUGGAGGCUCUGCUAUUCGAGGUCACCCAGUCCCGCCCCUCGGCCACCCUUCCCAAGUGCCCCCCUCAGCUCAUCGCCACACUGAUGACCACGCUCACCAAGCUGGCCUCCCGAAGCCAAGACCUGAUCCCCAGGGUUUCUCUGUUCCUGUCCAAGAUAAGGACCCUGGCCCAGGGCCCCGCCAUGGGCUCCCUGGGCUGCAGGGAGGACGCAGGAGCCAUAGGCACGCGGGCCACCGAGCUCCUGAACCUGCUGAAGAUGCCCAGCGUAGCCCAGUUCGUGCUCACGCCCAGCGUGGGGCUGUCCGAGCCCCGUUACCACCGCGACACCAACACCGCCCUGCCACUGGCCCUGCGCACAGUCAGCCGGCUGGUGGAGAAGGAGGCGGGCCUCCUGCCCGGGUGAGGGACAGUGGCCAGGCAGGUGCCCGCUGGGGCCGAAGAUUAAGAAGAACCUGGUAUCAGGACCCAGCCAGAGCGUC